GUUCUAAGAACAUGAGCCAGAUUACAACAAAUGGGGAAAAUGAAGGAACUACCAAAAUUAUUGCACCUUCCCCUGUGAAAAGCUUUAAAAAGAUGAAAAGUGAAAACAGUCCAGAAACCCAAAGAAGUAAAACAAGCGCACCGUGGGAGGAAAAUGGCCCACAGAGUGGGCUGUAUAAUUCUCCCAGUGACCGCAAUAAAUCACCAAAGUUUCCUUACUCUCGGCGACGGAACCCAUCAGGUGGCAGUGAGAAUGAGUCUGGACAGCCAGUCCGGAGGAGGAAAAAUCAAAACAGUGGAGAAGAUUCAGAUAUAAAGCAAAGGAGAAGAUCGCGGUCUCGCUGUAACACCAGCAGUGGCAGUGAAUCAGAAAAUUCCAACAGAGAGCAUCGGAAGAAGAGAAACAGAUUACGGCAAGAGAAUGACAUGGUUGACUCGGCUCCUCAGUGGGAAGCUGUGCUUCGGCGACAAAAGGAGAAAAACCAGGCGGAUCCAAACUACCGGCGAUCCAGGCACAGAUCUCGAUCGAGAAGCCCAGACGUACAAGCUAAAGAAGAACUGUGGAAACAUAUUCAGAAGGAGCUUGUGGAUCCAUCUGGCCUGUCUGAGGAGCAAUUGAAAGAAAUUCCAUACACUAAAAUAGAGACUCAAGGCGACCCAAUCCGCAUUAGGCAUUCCCAUUCCCCUCGAAGCUACCGUCAGUAUAGGCGGUCCCAGUGCUCUGAUGGUGAAAGAUCUGUCCUGUCUGAAGUGAAUGCAAAAACUGAUCUGGUGCCUCCACUGCCUGUUACAAGAUCUUCAGAUGUGAAAGGUCCCAGCAUCCAGUUGACUCAACAGAGACAGAAUGGAUCUAAAGACAGCCUAAUAGAAGAAACAUCACAGCUAUCCACUAACAUUGAUGGAAAACCCACCACUAAGAUCAUAAAAACUGUACAGGCGUCACGCUUCAAGGUGGAGACUUGA